AUUUAUACCAAGUAGCUAAGCAGAAAAUUUCGAGCUAGCCUAUAGCAACUUGCAUAAUCUCCUUCCAUUGCAAUGACAAGAAACAGUAUGGGCGAGAGUUUCACGAGUGAAUUCAGGGCAACGGCUACUCAACCACUGAAUGAUGAAGACUGGAUGGAGAAAAAACUAGAAGAACUUGAAAAAUUUAAAGAGGUUCAAUUAAGGGCACUGGAUGAUCUUGUUAGCGUGAACUCCCUUUUCACAAUAGCCAUCUUUUUGGGCUUAUCCUUCGCAUCUCCCACCCAACAGAGCCUUGAUAAUCGACCCCAAUGUGCACCAGACGUCAAGAUGGAAAAGAGGCUCGUCGUGUAUGAAGUUGUAUCGUUCGCUUGCUUCCUCCUUUCGAGUCUGGUGGCCAAAUCACUCAAGGUUUUUAUCAGUUUCCAUAGGAACAAAAAUGAUCUGGACAUUUCUAAUACUCAUCAAUAUCAAGUAAUAAAGCCAAGUAGAGGUUUCAUGAUCCUGUUAUCGGUGUUGGCAUCGACAGUUGGGGUGGUGUUUUUGACGCUUUCAAUGGUUGACGUUGUUCAGAUAAAGAUAGGGAAGAUGUCGUGUGGGAUUCAUGAGACUCAAGCUGCUGUAAUAUCACUGUCUACCAUUGUGACUCUGGCUCUCUUCAUUUAUUUGCCUUCUACUGUGAUAACCAUUUCCCGUUGUAUGUAUAAGUCUUCGCGCACUGGACAUCGUCAAAGGACUCCCUCAGACAAAGAAAUUCUAGCAGUAGCCGGGGUGCCUUUAUAGUGAACAAGAAAUAAGAAUGUUGUGUUCUGGUGGCAUUUCCUAACUCUUCACUGCCAAUGAAAAGUGCUGUUCUGUAUAAA